AUGGGUGUUGACUCGAACAAGCCUCCUCCACUCCCUGCCCCGACCGAGACCGAUUCCACCACCCCCACCGAACUGGCGACCGAUGUGUCCAGACCAAACGACGAAGAUUCCCACUACUCCCUCCCUGAGGACGGCACUCCAGUUACCAUCAAGACUCGCAGCCACACGGCCAAUCGCUCCCAGACCUCGCUUCUCAUUGAGUAUUUUGAGGGUGGCAAGCCUGGUGCUCCCGGCUCCGUCGACCGCAAGCCUUCAGUCCGCGUGCGCUUAACCCCGUCCAAGAAGCAUCGCCACGACCACAUCCAGAUCACCGAGACCAAGAGCAACACCCGCAAGACCUCGCUGACUCGCCGUGUGCCGCUAUCUUCCACCACAGGUUCAUCCCAUCUUGACGUUGAAACCCUCGAGGGCGAGGACGCCGAAAGCAUGCGGUCCUACGCUUCCGCCACGGAGGAGUCCAAUGUGUCCAAAAACCCUAUCGAUAUCGAAAUCGACCGCAGUGCACGGCGCCGCAGGCCAGCUAGCCCAUUGAUUCCCGAUGCCGACGCUCACGAGUCUACUUAUCUGCCUCCCGACAUGUCAGAGAUCUCUGCCAUUCCCAACGACAGCUUCCUCGACGGUCGCUCUGGGUCCACUGUUUUGUCGAAAUCUUCUGACGCCAAGCGCAGUAAGAGCUCAACUCGAGGUGGCGAGCUGGUCGCUGGCGCAAUGGCUGGUGCAGCUGCUGCCGAUCAAUUGAGGAGCAGUAAAAAAAGGCACAGCAGCGAGAGAAAAGUGUCUGGUGACAGAUCAAAAGACAAAGAGCGCAAACAUCGUUCAAGCAAAAGUCGGACGAGCAGCAUUAGUGAAAAGCAAUCCGAAACUGGAACGCGAUCGCCUAGGCGACGCUCUAGUCGCAGUCAUGUUGACUCUGUCAUGUCUGGGGCAGAUUCCAGUGCCUUAUCGUCAAGCAUUUCCCCCAGCCAUCGCUCAUAUGACCAGAGCUCCGUUCGUUCUGGAGCUUCCAAGUCUUCAAUCAACAACCCAAAAUUAUUGGAAACCGUCGAGGACGCUAUCCGCCGACUCAUUCUGCCCGAAUUGAGCGCCCUGAAGCGGGAACAGAGCAAGCGUGAAAGCCGCCGCAGUUCUCUUACAUCUACUGGCACUGGCACAUCUCUCUCCCGCGAGGAGCUGGGAGUGGACCGGCGCAAAUCUGCAGACAAGCGCAGCGAAUCUGGUCGUGAUAGCCGUCACCGAGAACGUAGAGAUCGGGAAGCCCGGCACGGUUACGCCGACUCGCCCCAGAGCCUCGCCGGCGAAUCAGUCGAAGGGGAGACGGUACUCUCUGUUGACGACACCCCGCAACGAAGCAAUGGCGCACUGAAGGCUGCCAUUGGUGGUGCGACAGCCGCCGGACUUGCCGCUGCUGCAUUGAAUGCAGCUUCACCAGCAUCUGAUGAUAGAAGACAACGAAGAAGACGACGCGCUGAUGGCUCAACUCGGAGCCGAAGUUUAGGUCGUGACAAAUAUGACGAGGAGUUUGAGGCGGAGGAAGCACCUGCACCACCGAUGCCAUUAAUGAGCGAGAUCAACCCGUCGGAGCUCACCCGGACUUCGAUUUUGUCAGCCGACACCAACAGACCGCAUUCCGCCACGGAGGAGAGAGCCUCAAUUCAAGAGGUUGUCAGGGGCAACGUCGCCUCCGGUGAUUCGACGCCAACCCCUACACAAACGCCAUCUGCCAACCUGCAGCAAUCCCUGGGUACGAAACAUACCAACGUGUCCCACGGUGAUUUGAGGGAACUAUCACGCUCGCGUACCGGAGACUUUACCGAGCAGCGUGAAGUGGAGGAACACAGUAGCCCCUCACAGCCACACCAUGACGAUUAUGACGACUAUGAUGAGCGAAGCCGCGAUAUAGAAGGCGACCGUGAUUAUGAUGAUAGUCACGAUUACGAUUACUAUAACACGCAGGAUGUGCCACCUCCCUUGAAGUACGUCCCAUACCAGCCGGAACGCCGAGGCUUGAGCCCGAUCUACAGCGUGUCUGGGUACACGGAGGCUGGAAGCGAGACAGCAGCGCACCGCGACUCCAGACUUUCUCACGGCACCGCGUCGCCGACGAAAUCCCAUCCUUCUCAGUCAGAGAUGAGAGCACUGUCUCCCGCGUCGUCAGUCCCGAGCAACAUCAUGGGCCGAGGGUUCGACGAGCAGUCUAUGGACGACCGUAGCAUCAGAAGCGCUCAAGAUUUUCGACACAGCCAGUACACAGACAACAGCGAAGUGGGCGUAUCCGGUCAGGCUGUGCGUGGCAUCGUUGCCAAUCCUAAUAUUGUACAUGUGCCGAAUGGAGUUGAGUCGAAUGUGGCUUCUCUCAUUGAUGGUUCCAUGCUUGACCAGUCCGUCUUGACCACCGGUACUGGAUACGACUACGGAAGGGACUCACAAGUGUCAUAUGGCGACUCCAAUGUGUCGUAUGCCCGGGACUCCAACGUAUCUUACGAUGACCAGUCAAAGAUCCAGACUCGGUCGCGAGAAGUCAGCCCUGAGAAGCGCUCUGUGGCCAGUCAUCGCGAGUUCUUUGAGCAGCGCGAACGUGAAAGUAGCCGGACGCCCACUUCGAGUCGUCAGAGCCGAUCAAGAGAGUUUGCUGGAGAGUACGAUCUCGAUGAGUACGGUAGAAAGGUUGCUUCUGCUGCCAAGUACAGAAAUUCCCCGUCUGCCUCGACGAGACACUCGCCCACCGCUUCGGAGAAGGCGAUUGCCGCGGGAGCCGUUGGUGCUGCUGCCGCCGCUCUGAAGGCUGCCAAGGACAAGCAGCAACCGACUGUUGAGGAGGUUGACGACGCGCUCAACGAAGAAUGGGUCCCUGAAGGUGUCUCAAGGAACAAGUCAUUUAAGCAGCGAACGAUGGAGGGGCGCGAGCCCAACCACACUCCGGCCCACAGUAUCGACCGCCUCGAGCUCGACGACCAACCGAGGAUGGGUGCUAGUGCCUUGCCUACCUUCAACGAUCCCAUGCCCGAGGUCGGAUAUGUCGAUGACGACGCUUUAACCAAUCCAUCUCUUAUCCGCGAACCACUCGGUGGUAGCGACCAAGGCGAUCGAGGCCACUGGCCCGGCGACGCUACCCCUCGCCAGAGUGACGUUGGCAGCUAUGAUCAACACGAUAGUGAGAAGCACAACCACGAUCUUGGUUUGGCCGCAGCCGGUGCUGUUGCUGGAGCUGCCAUGGGUGCCGCCGCCAUGGCUCACCAUCGACAACCUAGCCAGGAGCUUGACGAUGAAUGGCGACGUACUUCAGCUGAGCGCAAACGUGACACUGUCAUCACAAACCCCUACGACGGGGCGAGUCCUAUUGACGACCCUGAACUCCUCGGUGCUCGAGGCCUCGACGACGCUUACGAUGCGCCGUACCACGGCAGUCCAGGUCAUAAGAACUUGGAUGAAGGCUACAUCUCUCAAGGCCCUGUGCAAUCUCCCAACAUGCAGCCCGCAGGCAAGGCCAUCAUGCCUUUUGGAGAUUCUACUGGGGAGGACCCCUUUUAUGUGCCGCAGCACUCUAGACACUUGAGCGGUAUGUCUCAGGGUAUGGAUUCUCCCCUCUACGACGCUGCCACUGGCAACGGUAUCGACCGAAUCGAGUCUAAGGAUAUCAUUGCGCUUAUGCAACAUCUCAUGGUCCGAGAUGCCCAAAGAAGCGCUCGUGACACCGAGAUACUCGUCACACUCGUCCGUUCUGCGGCCGAGAUGCGAAAUUCCUUCGAGGACCUCAAGAAGCUUCUUGCCAACACGGAAGAUGUCAUUAUUAAGGAGGUUCAGGAGAACACUGAGGAAACGGUCAAGAACGCUAUUGGCGGUCCUCGACCCUAUCCCGGCAGCCUUCCUCGAUCCAUCAAGGGUUACAGCGGCGCGUCCCAGAACAGCACGCUCGACGAAACCACCAAGAAGAGUAACUUCUUCCGCAAGGCUCUCAAAGGCCUCAGCGCCAAGGGCACCAACGAUCUCAGCAGAAUUGAGGAUAUGCUCAACCAGCUCUUGAGCGAGGUCGACACCCUCAAGGCGCAAACUGUCCGUCCUGGAAUGGUCAGUGGUCGGCAGUCGUACGAGAAUCUUACACCUGAGAUGCAGUAUGAGCAAGACCGCGGUUACGAACCUGAAGGUCAAGCUGGCACUUCUAUUACUAGUCACGGCAGCCAAUCAGGCAUGUCGUCGUUUGCCCAGUCGCGUGGUCCUUCUAAGCUUGGCUACGAGCCCAACCGAAUCAGCACAGUUCACGAAGACAACGAAGAAGACUACCACCAGGAGCCAGAAUACCGCAGCCCGCAAGGCCUCCGAACGCCCACCCGAGAAUUCCAACGGGGUGGUUCCGUGCCCCUUGGCACCCCUCCCCAGCCUGACAAUAAUCAGAACGCAUCUUUGAGCAACGACAACACUCCCAGGACAGAAAAGGGGAAGAAACAUAAGUCACGGGGGUCUUCUAGCUGGUUCCCUAAGAUCUCCCGAUGGUCUGAAUCAACUGCCACCAGCGUCAGCAAAGCCUUCCGUGGUAGUGGUUCUAGCAAGAAGGAGAAUGACGGAGAGUUCCUCCAACACCCACCUUCCCGGUCAGGGUCUGAUCUCCGGUACGACGACCGGUACCAGGACGAGUACCAAAGCGAUCAGUUGCACUCUGGGUUCUCUCAGCAAGACCUAUCUGCUGUUCCCCAGCGGCUGGAGACCGUGCCGCCUGCCCCUGGCACCUAUAUGACCCCUGAGGACCCAAAGUACAAAGCUCACCGCAAUUCGGUCAACCUCCAACACCCUCAACCUCGCCAAGGACAGACUGAGAGAUUUAAGGCAGCCUUGGAGAGCCAAGCCUACGAGUACGACACACCAAUGUCCCCCAAGUCAGCCGACUGGGCUGGAUCUGCCACCAGCCUGCACCGCCUACCUGCAAAUGUCAAUCGCUACAGCGGCGGGUCCGGGGCUGCGACUGGCGAGUACUGGAACUCGUCUCCAGCAGGCCCUCCACGUCCACCUAAGGAGCCUAUCGAGGAGAGGGCCACUACCCCUUCCAAAGCUCGCAUCUCGAAGCUGGCCUCAAAGAACAGCCCCUUGCCUUACAACAGCGUAGAGAGUGGUUAUGGCACCGGCCCUGGCACCCAACCCAGCAACUACACCGGUAGUCCCAAGCCAGAGAACCGCAAUCUGAAUGCUGCCCUGGGCAUGCCAGCUCGCCGCCCUAGUGGUCCUCGAGCGAUGACUCCGAAGAGUGCGGAGGAGGAAGCCGCCAGGGAGGAGCGACGCCGUAAGAGAGACACCUUCGGCACAGUCGCCAGUAACGAGACCGACACCUUUUAG